CGUCACUAUGGAACGCGAGAACGAGAGACUCAGAGCUCUUGUAGACUCUCAGAAACAAAGAUUGGAAACUCAAGAGCACGAUGUCAUGCGAUUGCGAGCAGCUCUACGCGCACUCACUGAGGAACCUAUAAAAAAUGAAGAUAUGUCUAUGUACAUUGUGCCAAAGAGAGAACAAGAACAAAAUCCCGAAGUCUCAGCCGGAACUAUGAACGAAUCACGUCUCCCAUCUGAAGAGAUGUAUGAACACGGUGACAGCGAAGAGAGCGAAGAGGAAGAACCAAACUGGGAUGAGUGGGACAAAUGCUAUCGUUGCUCACUAUGUAACUGGGAGAUUGCUGAACGAAGAUGUCAAUCUUAUGUUUGUGGCAAAACGUAUACAGCUUUUGUGUGCGAAAAGAGUCCCGACGGUGAUCCGAUUAUUCAAAGCUUCGAUUCAUUUUUUGUCGGCGAAACCGAUCAUGUUUGUAGUCGAGCUCGAGGAACGACUCCGCUACAAGAAAUCGAUCCUGCACGACUUCGACCUGAUACGAUCGCUUAUGGCUAUGAGAAUCGCCAAGAGGAGUAUAGAGACCUUCUUGCAAGGGGUGCUACACGGUUAAUGUGUGAAACUUUUUAUCUCGAAUUUCAUCAGGAUGAUGGGAUCAUAAUCGACAUGCGAGACGAUUUGUUUGGAGAAUGGGCCGGACCCCGUCUUGUUGACUGUAAAUCGUGGAAAAUCGUCUUGGGAAGGGAACUAAGGCUCGAUUCGGACGAUGAAGACGGAUCGCGGUAUAUCGAUGGAUUUCUGGAAGAUUGCUUGCUUUUUCCUGCGAACGCUCGGCAUUGGGAAACCAUCCAGAAGGAACCGGGUCACUGGAUUACGCGACCGAUGGAAGACAAUCGUGUUGCAAUGGACGGAACGGGGAAUUCCAGCGACUGCAGUUCAGAACAGGAUGCGGAUCAAGAAGAAUUGGCUCGGAGAGAUUACGAAUCUGAUAAUUCUGGUGAUUCCGAUCCUCAAUGCAACCCAGAAGAUAACGAAGAUGGCUGUGCACAACUCGAUUGGGACGACAGCAAUGGUUGGGGCCCAGACGGUUCUCGAGAUUGGGAAGGAGAGGAUAUGCAGCCCAUGGUCGUAGACUUUGAGGAUGAGGAUAUGGAGAGUCAACCAGAUAGUUUUGAGAGUGAUUUCGAUUCGCAGGAAGAACUCUCGGGUGACGAUGAGGCUGUCCCCGCAGCUCUCCUGUUUAUUCAAAACUUCCGUUCGAUAUCCUCGAUCCUUUAACGCGAAACAUGAUUUUCUUCUUGAAUACUUGAGGACGUGAAGACCUCAG